UAGCCGUGAAAAGGCUCUCAGCGAACUCGGCUCAAGGUUUCAACGAGUUGAAAAAUGAGCUAGUGGUAGCUAACAGACUCAAGCACAAGAAUCUGGUGCAGCUUCUCGGCGUCUGCUUGCAAGAGAAACUGCUGGGUGUACGAAUAUAUGCCUAAUGGGAGCCUAGACACGGCUCUUUUCGCACAUCCUGAGAUGGCAUGGCAGCUGGACUGGAUGAAGAGAAGGAAGAUCAUCUCCGGGAUCGCUCGAGGUCUGCUGUAUCUCCAUGAGGAGUUUCGUCUAAAAAUCAUACACCGAGACCUGAAGCCAAGCAAUGUUUUACUGGACCUUGAUAUGAGCCCCAAGAUCUCGGACUUUGGUCUGUCUAGGGCUUUCGGCGGAGAUCAAUCGAUCGAUAUAACACGACGGCCUGUUGGUACGCUUGGAUACAUGUCCCCUGAGUACGCGUACUGUGGGCAAGUCUCUGCUAAGUCAGACAUGUACAGCUUCGGCGUCAUAGUCCUAGAGAUCAUGACUGGGAGGCGGAACAACAGGUCACUCGAAGACGCGGCCUCUAGAUCUCUGCUCAGUAACGUAUGGGAGAAGUGGAGCGCAGGCUCGAUCGAGGAGGUGAUGGAUCCUUCGCUGGACGGACGUUACCCGGAGAGCGAGUCGGUCAUCUAUGUGCAGAUCGGACUGCUGUGCGUCCAGGAGAACCCGAGCGCUAGGCCGGACGCGUCGGAGGUUGUUCUCAUGCUCGACACCCACUCCUCGUCUGCGGCAAUGCGGACUCCGUCCAGGCCAGCCUUCUGCUUCAGUCAGCCUGGUGUUACCUUGGCUGAAGGGAGCCUGACGUCCAAUUAUCCGAGCAUCCGGGGUGCAACGACGAGCGGCCAGUUUUUUUUUUUUUUUUUUUUUUUUUUUUUGCGAAACACAGUACAAUCAAAGACGCUCGUAUAUACGCGUACACACUCACCCCUAUGAACGCACACACGCACACCCUACCCCUAUGACAUGACAAUCUCUGACCUCCAGCCUAGGUAGGAGGAGCCACGUAGCAGAAACAUGUAUUUGUACAUCCACAUGCUGC